CAACACAAUUCACUAGCAUGCAGAUCAAAACCUGAAAACAUCACGCACCAGCCUAGCUAGCUAGCUGCGUAUCUGCACCAGCGACCGUACGUCGUCUGCUGCAGCUGGCCGAUCAUAGGAUCGAUCGACACGCCGGCGCCGACGAUGAGGGAGCUGAUGCGGCGCCUGAGCUUCUCGGACCGCGUGAGCGACGGCAGCGGCGGCGUGCCCCGCGGGUGCGUGCCGGUGCUGGUGUGCGACGGCGGCGGCGGCGAGGGCGAGCGGUUCGUGGUGCGCGUGGAGGCGCUGCGGCACCCGUCGUUCGCGGCGCUGCUGGAGAUGGCGGCGCAGGAGUUCGGGUACAAGCAGGAGGGCGUCCUCCGGGUCCCCUGCGACGUCCGCCAUUUCAAGGACGUCCUCGCCGCCGUCUCCGUCUCCGUCUCCUCGCCGCGCUCCAGGAACUGAUCCCUAAAAUUAUUACUCUGGCGUUGAUCGGAUCUCCUCCUUUAAUUAAGGGAGGCAUCGGAUCUGGAUUGAGAGCCUGAUAACCUGUUAAUUACGCAUUAGCGUAGUGCUAAUGAUGGUUGGGAUACCAAGGAUCACUUGACUUACUUUAUUUCUUCUUCUUCUUCUUCUUCGUCGUCGUCGUCGUGGUGUUAAUUAUUUGGUUUCUUGGUUCGGGCAAGAUCGACGACGGAGAGGAUUUGCUAGCUAGCAUCAUAGCAUGCAUCAGCGCAUUGCAGUGCGCGUGUAAUUAAGGUAGGCCUCCUGUCGAUGUUCAGUGGAAAUAAUGGAUCGGUCUGCACAUAUGCUUCUCUUACA